AUGUCUACCAUUACUGCUUCCAACAUCCCUGCGUCUGUCUCCAAUGCCAAGUUGCAAGACUUCUUCUCCUUUUGCGGAAAAAUCCAGUCCAUUGACUCUAAGGACUCUGGGGCUAUCACCAGAACCGUAAGCAUCACUUUUGAAUCUGCAGCUGCCUUGCAAACCGCCUUGUUAUUGAACGGUGCUGAAUUGGCCGGUAGUAAAAUAGAGAUCACCGAAUCCAAGGGCGCCCUUCCUUCGGACGCUGCUGUCUCUCAGCCACCGGCUUACGCUUCCGCUUUGCAGCCACCUCCACAGCACCCAGACACUCUGUCUGGCACUGUCACCCCAAAGGAGGAUAUUUCUCAGGAAGAAAAGCCAAAGACUGCUAUUUUGGCGCAGUAUUUGUCCCACGGCUACCUUCUUUCAGACAACCUCAUCAGCAAGGCUAUUGAACACGACCAGAAGAACGGGUACUCGUCCAAGUUCAAGGGCUUUUUGGGCUCCCUCGACUCCAAGUACCACAUCCAGCAAAAGAGUGCUGAGGCUGAUAAGAAGUACAAUGUCACCGACCAAUUCCAGCAACACAAGCAGACCUUGGACCUGUACUUUGACAGUGCCAAGCAGACCGGUAUAGGUUCCAAGAUUCACGGAUUCUACCUCAACGCCGCUAAGGAUGCCAAGGAGGUACACGAAGAAGCUAAAAGAUUGGCCGCUUUGAAGAAGCAACAACAGGAGGCUAGUGCUGGCACUUCCACUGAUUCUGCCCCUUCUGGCAGCCUUCCGUCGUUUGCUGAGGCCACUGGUACCACCACCGAUAAUGACUAUCCAGCUGAUAACAAGAUCCAAUAG